AUGUCAAAUCCAUCUUCUUUAAAGCUAUAUAGAGACAUUCUUAGAUCAAUUAAUAGAAAACUACCCAAACAAACUCAAAACUACUAUUGGGUUUUUACAAGAGAGCAUUUCGAAGGGCAUAGACACGAAUGUGAUCAAGAACAUAUAGAUUAUUUAGUUGAAAAAGGUUAUGAUAGUUUAAAAUAUAUAAUUAAAAAAUAUACAAAUAAAUAA